GCGCCCGGCGGCCGACACCCGGGGGCCCUACGAGUGAUACCCGGCGCCCGCCUGCCGCGCCGGGACUCGCGCGUCCGCGCUCGGGAACCGAGGCUCCCGGUCGGCCCUGGCCUGCCUCGCAACUUGCUCUGCUCCGGCUGCGGCGGCGAGUCUGCCGGGCCCCUCGCCGAGAGCCAGCUAGUGUGGGGACGGUGCCGCGGUCGCCGAGGUCCCGCGCCAGUGUGCGCCUCCCCGCCCGGCGCCGCUGCGGGGCGACCGCCACCUUCGUCGCCGCGGGGAACUUUGUGCGGGGGGAGGGGGGCCCGCCCGGCAGGUGGGCGACCGCGGCGGGCGAGCCGAACGGAGAGAGUUCGAAUAGAUGACUUUGAAGACUUACAGAGCUGAGAUAUGAAGAUUUUGAAGUCAUUCUAUAUCUGAAGCUAUGAUUUAAAUAUCAGCAUUACAAUACAACACCAAAAGCACAAGUGAAACAGAAAAAUAGAUUUCAACCAGAAAAACUUAAACUGCGUUGGAUUACCAAGUCAAAGAAAAGUUUCAAGCUUUCAGAAAGAAUUCUGGCUUGAAGAUAAAGAACAGCUUGCUAACCACAGAAGAAGAAUCGAUGCUAAGAUUUUAACUGCACUUCCGAAAGUUGCAGAAUUAAGAAAAGUCUUUGAACCAAAGAGGAAAGAAUUUUUAGAAAUGAAAAGAAAAGAAAGAAUUGCCAGGCGCCUGGAAGGAAUCGAAACGGACACGCAGCCUAUCCUCUUGCCAAGCUGCACGGGGUUAGUGACGCAUCGCCUGCUGGAGGAAGACACGCCCAGAUACAUGCGAGCCACAGACCCGGCCAGCCCCCACACCGGCCGGUCCAAUGAAGAGGAAGACGCUUCGGAUUCCUCGGUGGAAAAGCAGACCCGCUCCAAACUCUGCACCGAAACCUCGGGCAUCCAUGCUGACUCCUCCUGCGGUUCAGGUCUCAUGGACACCCAGGCUCUGGAGUCCAAAGCUGAGAGAAUCGCACGGUACAAAGCAGAAAGGAGACGGCAGCUGGCCGAGAAAUACGGGAUAGCGCUGGAUUCCGAAGCGGACUCGGAAUCGCCCUCCCGAUACACCAAGUCCAGGAAGGAUGCUGAUGCUGCUGACAAGAGGGGAGGGAAGGGUGACCGACAGGCCGAGCCAGGCAAAGAUUCGAGCUCUCUGUACUCCAGGCCCUGCGUGGUCGAAGCCAAGGACUAUGCCCUCCCCGGGGGCGACGGUCUUUCCGACACCGAGGUGCUGCUCAACGUGGAAAACCAAAGGCGGGGUCAGGAGCCCAGCGCCACCGGGCAGGCCCGUGACCUGGCCCCCACGGUGGAGAGUUCCUCAUCCUUUCCGUUCCCCGGGCGAGACUGCACCUUCAGUGAAGUGCCAAGGUCCCCAAAGCAAAUGCACAGCAUGUCCCUCUCUUCGCCUCGGCCACCCGCCUCCCCGAGCCACUCAGCGGGCGACCUGCCGCUUCCGUCUGAGGCCCGAGCCAGUACCGGGAAACCCAAACAUGAGUGGUUUCUCCAGAAAGAUUCCGAAGGGGACACACCUUCUCUUAUCAACUGGCCUUCCAGAGUUAAGGUUAGAGAAAAAAUGGUGAAAGAGGAGAGUGCUCGAAGCAGCCCCGAGGUGGCCUCCGAGCCCUUCACUCAAAGGAGACAUCAGCCAGUGCCCGUCCAUUGCUCAUCCUUUCAGUCAGAAAAUUCGGCCUUCGAUAGGGUCUCGAGCAAGGCAGCCAGCUCCACGGGACAGCCAAUCCGAGGCUAUGUCCAACCGGCAGACCCCAUUCACACGGCCACGCUGGUGACCUCAGAGAUCCCAGAAAAUUUAUCUGAAUGCAGCUGGGGGGGGUCAGCCACCCAGCAUGUCAGAAAGCCUCCCACCUUGAAGGUUCUAGAGAGUGAGAGAAGGGAUACCCCAGUUCUCCAUAUUUGUGAAUCGAAAGCAGAGGAAGAUACGCUCUUCACUGAAGCUCUUGAGAAAAGCAGGAAAUCACUUUUGGCUUUGGAGGAUCAUGGGCCUACGAGAAGCCACGAAGAUCCCUCUGGAAACAAAGACUUCGGCAAGCCUGCUGUGAGCACAGUCACCUCAGAACAUCAGAAGGAACCAGAGAGUCUGUCGCCCCCGCCUGCAGCUCAGCAACAACCCACGGAAAGGAUCAGCAGACAAGAAGUGGUUUUAUAUGUUCAGAGCCAGCCCGUGUCCCAAGAUGCCAGGGUGACAGGCCACAGAAAGGAAGGCCUGACGAAGAAACGCAAGGUCCUCACCCGCUCCCUGUCUGACUACACGGGCCCCCCUCAGCUGCAGGCCCUGAAGUGUAAGGACCCCACGUCCAGGCAAGAACCAGAGCCGCAGAGUUCCAAAGCUGAAGGGCCCCCCCCGGACGUCGGCAUGCUGGACAUGAAGGUGUCUGUCGCCCAGCUCCGAAAUGCAUUUCUGGAGUCUGUCAAUGCCAACAAGAAACCCGAACUCCAAUCCCGGGUGGAGAGGUCAACCGAAGGCGUUGGCUUGCCUACCGGUGUGGAACGGGAAAGAGGGUCCCGGAAACCAAGACGCUAUUUUUCUCCUGGGGAAAGUAGGAAAACUUCCGAGAGAUUUAGAACUCAACCUAUAACCUCAGCAGAACGAAAGGAAUCGGAUAGGUCUGCUUCGCAUUCAGAAAUGCCAACUGCUGAGGAUGAAGAAAAGGUAGACGAACGAGCCAAGCUGAGUGUCGCUGCCAAGAGGCUGCUUUUCAGGGAAAUGGAAAAAUCAUUUGAUGAGAAAAACGCUCCAAAGCGACGCUCCAGAAAUGCAGCCGUGGAACAAAGACUACGGCGGCUACAGGACAGAUCCCACACCCAGCCCGUUACCACUGAGGAAGUGGCCAUUGCAGCCACUGAACCUAUCCCUGCUUCGCGCUCUGUGGCCUCCCAGCCUGUAAUGGCAAGACUUCCUAGUCCCAGUGUAGCUAAGAGCACUGUACAGCCUGCCAGAUUACAGGCAUCUGCUCACCACAAAGCUUUAGCCAGAGACCAGGCAAAUGAGGGUAAAGAUUCUGCUGAACAAGGUGAACCUGACUCCUCCACUCUGAGCUUAGCAGAGAAGUUGGCCUUGUUUAACAAAUUGUCCCAGCCAGUCUCAAAAGCUAUUUCUACCCGAAACAGAAUAGACAUGAGACAGAGGAGAAUGAAUGCUCGCUAUCAAACUCAGCCGGUCACGCUUGGAGAGGUGGAACAGGUGCAAAGUGGAAAGCUCAUACCUUUUUCACCUACUGUUAACACAUCUGUGUCCACCAUGACACCUACAGUCAUGCCAAUGUAUGCAGGGGAUCUCCGGACAAAGCGGUCUGUGGACGACAACAUGAGUGCCACUGACUAUAAGUUUCCUUCUUCGAUCGAAAAUUCAGAUUCUCCGGUUAGAAGCAUCCUGAAGUCCCAAGCCUGGCAGCCUUCAGCAGAGAGUAGUGGGAGCAGAGGAAUGUUGAGAGAGUUUGCAGAGACAGAAAGCAAGAGAAUCCUGACAGGUGGAGAUGGUGGUAAAAAGUACGGGUCCUUUGAGGAAGCAGAGCCAUCCUGCCCUACCUUUAACAGAGUCCGGGAAGGAGACAGCCUUAAGGAACCCAAAUACGCUGUUCCAAGAAAGGGCAGCCUGGAACUAGCCCAUCCUCCCAUCGCCCACCUUGGUGAUGAACUGAAGGAAUUCUCCAUGGGUAAAAGCAUCACACAGGGGAGCCCGGACUUGAAGGACAGGCAGCCCUUUGAAGAGAAGGUCGACAUGGAGAAUGUCCCAAGAAGGAAGUUUUCGCUAAGAGCGGCAGAGUUCGGGGAGCCCGCUUCUGAGCAGACGGGCACAGCUGCUGGGAAGACUGUGGCCCCGACCGCAGCCCCCGUGUCCUGGAGGCAGCACGAUCCUGCAGAACCGGGGCAGGAGAAGUACUGCAGGAAUCCAUGUGCGAUGUUCGCUGCCGGAGACAUCAAAGUGCCCGCGGUGGAGGGCAUCCUUGAUUCAGCUAGCAAAACCAUGUCCAUUAAAGAAAGGUUAGCGCUAUUGAAGAAGAGUGGUGAAGAAGAUUGGAAGAACAGACUUAUCAGAAAGCAGGAGUAUGGCAAGGCGUCUGUCACCGGCAGCCUGCACAUACAAGAAGCAGAACAGUCCCUCAAGAAGAAGGAAGAAGGAGGAUUUGCAGAUGAUAGUGCCAUUUCUAAUCUGCUUUGGGAACCUGUAUAUGCUUCUACUUAUUCUCCUGCUAUACCUGCUGCUCAUAAACACCUGUCUUUUGUAUCUAUUAAUCAGCGGGUCACAGAAAGUCGAGAGAGCCAGAUGACUAUUGAAGAGAGGAAGCACCUCAUCACUGUAAGAGAAGAAGCCUGGAAGACAAAAGGCAAAGGAGCGGCCAACGACUCCACCCAGUUUACAGUGGCUGGCAGAAUGGUGAAGAAAGGUUUGGCAUCACCCACAGCCAUAACUCCAGUAGCGUCUCCUAUUUGCAGUAAAACAAGGGGCACUACACCAGUUUCUAAACCCUUGGAAGAUAUUGAAGCCAGACCAGACAUGCAGCUGGAAUCGGACCUGAAGCUGGACAGGCUGGAAACCUUCCUAAGAAGGCUGAAUAACAAAGUUGGUGGGAUGCAGGAGACCGUACUCACGGUCACUGGUAAAUCUGUGAAAGAGGUGAUGAAGCUGGACGAUGACGAGACCUUUGCCAGAUUUUACCGCAGCAUGGAUGACACUGUGCCUCGAAGCCCCGUGGAGCUGGACGAGGAUUUCGAUGUCAUUUUCGAUCCUUAUGCCCCUAAGUUGACCUCCUCUGUGGCCGAGCACAAGCGCGCAGUGAGGCCCAAGCGUCGGGUUCAGGCUUCCAAAAAUCCCUUGAAAAUGCUGGCAGCCAGAGAAGAUCUCCUUCAAGAAUACACGGAGCAGAGAUUAAACGUUGCCUUCAUGGAGUCGAAGCGGAUGAAAGUAGAAAAGAUGUCCUCCAACUCCAACUUCUCAGAAGUCACUCUGGCUGGUUUAGCCAGUAAAGAAAACUUCAGCAACAUCAGCCUGCGGAGCGUCAACCUGACCGAACAGAAUUCCAACAAUAGCGCGGUGCCCUACAAGAAGCUGAUGCUGUUACAGAUUAAAGGAAGAAGACACGUGCAGACCAGACUGGUUGAACCUCGAGCUUCGUCACUCAACAGUGGGGACUGCUUCCUCCUGCUCUCUCCCCAUUACUGCUUCGUGUGGGUAGGAGAGUUUGCAAAUGUCAUAGAAAAGGCAAAGGCCUCAGAACUUGCAAGUUUAAUUCAGACAAAGAGGGAACUUGGUUGUAGAGCUACUUAUGUCCAAACUCUUGAAGAAGGAAUUAAUACACACACUCAUGCGGCCAAAGACUUCUGGAAGCUUCUGGGAGGCCAAAACAGCUACCAGUCUGCUGGAGACCCAAAAGAAGACGAACUUUACGAAGCUGCCAUAAUUGAAACAAACUGCAUUUAUCGUCUGGUGGAUGACAAACUUGUCCCUGAUGAUGAGUACUGGGGGAAGACUCCCAAGUGCUCCCUUCUGCAGUCAAAAGAGGUACUGGUGUUUGACUUUGGUAGUGAAGUGUACGUGUGGCAUGGAAAAGAAGUCACAUUGGCACAACGGAAAAUAGCUUUUCAGCUGGCAAAGCACUUAUGGAACGGAACCUUUGACUACGAGAACUGUGACAUCAACCCGUUGGAUCCGGGAGAAUGCAAUCCGCUUAUUCCCAGAAAAGGACAGGGGCGACCUGAUUGGGCAAUAUUCGGGAGACUUACAGAACACAAUGAGACUAUUUUGUUCAAAGAGAAAUUUCUCGAUUGGACUGAGCUGAAGAGACCUAAUGACAAGAGCGCCAGCGAACUUGCCCAGCAAAAGGAUGAUCCUAGGGCCGAAGCCAAGCCGUACGAUGUGGCGCGGAUGGUGGUGGUGCCCCAGGUGACAACAGGCACCGUGCUGGACGGGGUGAACGUGGGUCGUGGCUACGGCCUGGUGGAAGGGGACGACAGGAGGCAGUUUGAGGUUGCCAGUGUCUCGGUGGAUGUCUGGCACAUCCUCGAAUUUGACUACAGCAGGCUCCCCAAACAGAGCAUCGGGCAGUUCCACGAGGGAGACGCCUAUGUAGUCAAGUGGAAGUACAUGGUGAGCACCGCAGUGGGAAGUCGACAAAAGGGAGAGCACUCGGUACGGGUGGCUGGCAAAGAGAAGUGUGUCUACUUCUUCUGGCAAGGCCGGCAGUCAACCGUGAGCGAGAAGGGCACGUCGGCUCUGAUGACGGUGGAGCUGGAUGAGGAGAGGGGUGCCCAGGUCCAGGUUCUGCAGGGAAAGGAGCCCCCCUGCUUUCUGCAGUGUUUCCAGGGGGGCAUGGUGGUGCACUCUGGGAGACGGGAAGAGGAAGAAGAAAAUGCACAAAGCGAGUGGAGGCUGUACUGUGUGCGAGGAGAAGUGCCCGUGGAAGGAAAUUUGCUGGAAGUGGCCUGUCACUGUAGUAGCCUGAGGUCCAGGACUUCCAUGGUUGUCCUCAACGUAAAUAAAGCCCUCAUUUACUUGUGGCACGGAUGCAAAGCCCAAGCCCACACGAAGGAGGUUGGAAGGACUGCAGCAAAUAAAAUCAAAGAACAAUGUCCCCUGGAAGCAGGACUGCAUAGUAGCAGCAAAGUGACAAUACACGAGUGUGACGAAGGAUCCGAGCCCCUGGGCUUCUGGGACGCUUUAGGAAGGAGAGAUAGGAAAGCCUACGACUGCAUGCUUCAAGAUCCUGGAAAUUUUAACUUCACACCCCGCCUGUUCAUCCUCAGCAGUUCCUCCGGGGAUUUCUCAGCCACGGAAUUCAUGUACCCCGCCCGAGACCCCUCUGUGGUCAAUUCCAUGCCCUUCCUGCAGGAAGAUCUUUAUAGUGCACCGCAGCCAGCUCUUUUCCUUGUUGACAAUCACCAUGAGGUGUACCUCUGGCAAGGCUGGUGGCCCAUCGAGAACAAGAUCACCGGUUCGGCCCGCAUUCGCUGGGCCUCCGACCGGAAGAGCGCCAUGGAGACCGUGCUCCAGUAUUGCAAAGGGAAAAAUAUCAAGAGGCCUCCCCCCAAGUCUUACCUUAUCCACGCUGGUCUGGAGCCCCUGACGUUCACCAACAUGUUCCCCAGCUGGGAGCACAGAGAGGACAUCGCUGAAAUCACAGAAAUGGAUACGGAAGUUUCCAACCAGAUCACCCUUGUGGAAGAUGUCUUAGCCAAGCUCUGUAAAACCAUUUACCCACUGGCCGAUCUGCUAGCCAGGCCACUGCCCGAGGGAGUUGAUCCUCUGAAGCUUGAGCUUUAUCUCACUGAUGAAGACUUUGAGUUUGCACUAGACAUGACGAGGGACGAAUACAAUGCACUGCCCGCCUGGAAGCAGGUGAACCUGAAGAAAGCAAAAGGUCUAUUCUGAGCGGGAGAGAUGCUGGAGGAACCUCUGUCGUCACUUUCAAUACCAUUGGACCAGGGAAAUGGGUAUUUUUUUUUUUUUUUGGACUGGUAUUUAAAAAAAAAAAAAAAAGAUUUUUUAAUCAGUUUUCCAAAACCUAAAGUUAUUAGCUCUACUGCUUGUCCCAGAUUUGUGUAUUUUGUAAAUGUUUAAGCGGACCCUUUGGAAACUCUCUUUCCACGAUUCAGCAGGUAAUGUCAAUAAAGGCGUCCCUACGUGCACGUGUGCGGCAACUCCCGCACUUGCCCACUUUUUUGGAAGCAAUUCUCUUUAUAAAGUGUUAUUUUGAUAGUUUGUGGGUUCUAAAAUAUAUAUAUUUAUAUAAACACCAUAUAAGUCAAAUAUGUAUUUAACAAAGCAAUAUGUAUUCAUUCACUCUUAAGAUUGUUUUUCUUUUGGUGUCAAAAUAAUACUGAACGGUAGAUGGAAUUGCUUCUGUGAAAUUAGCUCUGGCACCCCUGCGUAUCUUCACACACGUUCAGAAACGUCUCCUUCAGCAUUAAGUCUGACUUGUUCUGAGUGCUGCUUCCGGUGCUAAAACGAACAAAUGGAUUUGUACUUCCUGGCAUGGGCUCUGAAGAAUCUGUGCGCAUCCACCUUUCUACCUUAAUAUCGCCCCAAAAUGUAUAGUGCCUUGUUUUUAUGUACAGUUUAUAUACAGAAAAGUUUGCUCUGCAUUUUUUUUUUUGAUGGUUUGGAACAUUAUCUCCAAUUUUACUCUAAAAUAGUAGAAAUUUUAAAAAAAUCUCAAGUUUCUAAUACCUGUUGUAAACACAAAACAUGUCAUUUUGCGACACAGGACUCCAAAAUAAAAGCUUCGAGAAUAAACACAAUAAUUAAUUGUUU